UUUUACAGCACGCAGUUCACUUUAGACCCAAAAGUAGCUUCGUGAUCUACCACUUGCGAAAUUCGCGAUCAGCGAAAAAUCGUUUCAGGUAUAUCCACGCAUCGAGUUGCAAAACGUGGCCGCGUGGAAAUAAUGUACGCGCCCAGAAAUCCGUAUAAAAACGAAAUUCGAUCGUCGGCUGGUCAAUUCGUCUUUUGGAAGUCGCGAAAUCUACACGAACGACAAUGCGUCUCAACGCGUGCUUCGCGACCGUGUUGCUGGCUGUUGCCUUGGCUAGUCCAGUACCGAAGAUAUCCCAGGUGAAGUCGCUGGAGCAAGAUACCAAAGUGGAGACUAAGGAAACAGCUCCUAAAAUUGAAGAAAAUGUCGAGGCAGAGGACAAGGAUCGGUCCAAAAAGUCAGCCAUCUGCGUUGAGAUAAAUCCAUCGUUGUCUCAGCCACAACAGGUUUCUUGCAAUGGGAACCAAGUUCUAGUUCCCAAUAUCCCACUGGCCAUUCAAGCGAACCCUAUUCCUCAGCAAAUCCAAACUGUGAACAUGCUUCCACCUGUUAAAAUGAUACCUCAGGCGAGUAUACUCAUGCCUCAGUCCGUAGUACAACCUAUUAAUACCUUGCAGUUCAUGCAACCUGCUGUCCAGCCUUGCCACCAACCCAUCCUAUCUGCGAACAUGAUCCAAUCAGGUUCCAAGAUUAAUGCCAUUCCACCUAGUUCGAAGCCAAAACCACAGGCUAAACCAAAUUCAGCUUUAACGGAGAAUACUACUCCUGUGCUUCCACAGCCCUUGUCUGAACCGCAAGAAUCCCUGGCUGUACUGCCAGUCGCUCCUGCGUGCCACGACCAUAUAAUCACAAUCCCCUCGAAUCCUAUAGUAGUGGUUCCUGAGAUUGAUCAAGCUCGACUAGCUCAGCUAGCCAGCGUCUUUCAAGUUCCACCAGCUUCGAUAUCUCCUUACGACUACUCCUUGUAUAAUGGUCAGAGCCCUUGCAACUGCCAGAGGAACAGAAUGGUGGACAAUCCUAGCUUGGAAUCUAUGGCCAUGCAGAUGGUUCCAGUUCAGGCUUAUUCGACACCAAUUGCUAGAACUCCAGUUAUGGUGCCCAACAUGCAGAUGGCUGGGCUAGAACCACGAACCCAUCACAUUCACCAACACUCAAAGAUUUACCCAACAACCAUAGAGAACACUAUGAUUCAAAAGUCUGAUGUGAUUUCGAGUCAUCCUUAUCGUCCCAUGGUGGACGUGAUGUAUGGACCUGGAGGACUCUCGAUCAACGCCUAUCGCAACAACGUAAACUCGCCUACACCUGCACAGUAUUCUUUGAGGAACCAGGAGAACGCUUUCAACAGUCCAGACUCUGACAUUAGCAAUCUCGUACAGUCUAACAAGGUACAGAGGGAGAUCGAUGGAAAUCAACUGACACCGGAGGAUGCAGAAGAGGCUGGACAACAGGGUCAAGCUUUCUUGAUAGACGGACGUCGCGACACAAGGAGUAACAAAGAGACUGAGCAGGAGGAACCUGGAGCAGCGAUGAAUUUAAUAGACAUGUGAAUUAGAAUGUAAAUUCGAAUAUAAAUUAGAAUGUGAAUUCAGUAUACUUUUUUACUUUUAUAUAUCUUGAAUUCAGCUAAAAAUGUAAAAACGUUUGUAUAUUUAUGAAAGUACCUUUAUUAUCCACAGCGAUCAAUAAAAUGGUUUUAAUAAAUAAUUGUACCUCUUA